GCGUGCCCUAAGCCGCACACAGGAAGGGCCUCGCUUGUUGUCGGGCACGACUCCUCCAGGAACUCAGGGGUGGUGACGCAACCUUUCACCAUGCCAAGUAGUCCACCCCCAAAAGACGUGCGUCUUCCCCAGAUAUGCCCGGCGAUAAUUUAGAAGAUAAUUUAGAAGUUUAAAAAAUGUGUCCCGUGACAGCGCGAGUGUCGUCCACAUGUCCUUUUUUGUCUGGCGCGACCAGCAAACAACAUUGCGUCAAGGAGGGAAGAGGGGCGAUUGGUGAGGAGAUAAAAACACGUUUCGCUCCAUGUUUGGGCCAGACCCACUUAGACAUAUACACACACACACACACACACACACACACACACACGCACCUCGCCAUUAAUAUCGGGCGGGUUUGCUCUGAUCUGUUGAACCACAGUGAGCAAGUGCAACCCCUCUUACCCCCCUCCCCACCCACCCCUCCAUGCGCGCUAACACACACAAACAUGGAAACACACACACGACAAACACGCACACCAACAUACACCAACAUACACAAUUGCAUUGUUACUUCCCUUGGUUAGCAUAGAGCAUUCUCUGCAGCGCCGGAGGAGGACUUAUUGUGAUUCUCAGACGGUCUGGUUACUGCAAUGAAUGGUAACACUGUCCAUCCAGCCAACACCACCACCACCACCGCCACACCGGGAGGAGGGGAAGGCGGAGGCCCGGGCCUGGCAGCUCCCCCUAGAGGCUGGAGGGAGUUUUGCGAGCUGCACGCUAUAGCCACUGCGCGGGAGCUGGCCCGACACUACGGCAGCUUCGCCAGAGAGCAGCCGCCGCAGGACGCCAUCACACCAGAGACCUUCUCCAAGCAGUUCACCCAACUCUUCCAGCAGCACUUUUGCUACGAGGUGGGCAAGGAUGGAGCAGAAGCCCUCCACCCCACCGUCGGUUGCCCCGCCGCAAACGAGAGCAGCCCCCCCCCCGCUCCGGUGGGCCUUCCCUUCCCUUCCCCCCCGCAGGCCGUGAUUGGCUGCCGGCUGGCAAACAACAACAUUAACGCCCUGGACUACCGGGAGGCGAGGCGGCUGAGUGGCGCCUCGCUCUUCGCCGUUCUCCCGCCGAAGGCUGAGGCUCACGCGCCGAUUCGGGAGCAGGAGCUGCCCCUGCGCUGUUCGGCGCCCAGCCCCAUGUCGGGGAGCCCGGGGGCGCUCUUGGGUCCGAUGCGCUGCGGCAGCAGGGUCUUGCCGCUGAUCCGCAGCCUCAGCAGCGAGGGGAUCUCUGGGACGGAUCGCUGCCAUGCCACCGAACGGUACUCUUGUGACGCCACGGGUUCCGGGCCCGCGCACGCCGAGGUCACACACUUCUCGGUGCGGCACAUCCAACAGAGCGUGAGUGCACUCUUCAAGAGCCGCCCCGUCCCCCCGGCGCCACAGCCCGGCGCGUCCCCCCUCAGCGCCGCCGCCGACGGCGACGCCGGCGGUCCGCGCGUGAACGGCGACAGGGUGGGAGGAGUGUCUUCAGCGGCGGAGGAGGAGACCCCUCUUUUAGCCUCCUCUCCAGUCACCUCCUCCUCCUCCUCCUCCUCCUCCGGCUCCAACCCUGAAGCCACGGCCCCCAGCAGCCCGCAGCGCAGGUCGAUGGGGGCCGCUCAGUUCUUUGAUCGCUUCCGUUGGAGACGUGGCGGGCUGCAGAGGCGCGCAGAGGCGAGCAGCUGUUGUAAGGAGGGUCAACUGAGGUACCUGCUGGUGGAGGACACCAUCUCGGACACUUCGCCCCUCUGGCAGCGCUGCCGCCUCCUGGUCAGGAGGACCAGGGACACGCACGGAGGCGGAGGGGAGCGGUACCAGCUGGAGCUUUAUGAUCCUCCGAAGGCCUCCAGUCCCAAGCUCUCAGCCCGAUGCUCAGACAUCCUUCAAGUGAGACGCUGCAACCGGCUGGAGAUGCCCGACAAUCUCAACACGUUUGUUCUAAAGGUUAGUCACUAUCCAGGAAGUCUGAUAUUCGAGACGGAAAACGAUCAGCAGGUCAGCUCCUGGACCACAGAGCUUAAAGAAUGUAUCAGCAACAGGCCUUUAAGUGUGGAUCAGGAGCCCCUCCCCUCGCCAUCAGACAACUCGGUCCCAGCCAAUCACAGAGGGAACACGGACACAGGAAGUCAUGGCCCCUUGACCUUCGCCUUGCCAGGGCUGUUGUACCACAAGACGGAUCACUUUCUGUGUCCCUACCCAUGGUUCCACGGGCACAUCCCGCGGGUCAAAGCCGCCCACCUGGUGCAGAACUCGGGCCUAGAGGGCCACGGAGUGUUCCUGGUCCGACAGAGCGAGACUCGCAAGGGGGAGUACGUGCUCACGUUUAACUACCGGGGCAAAGCAAAGCACCUGCGUCUGUCCCUCACCGAGCUGGGCCAGUGCCGGGUGCAGCACCUGCACUUCCACUCCGUCAUGGAUAUGCUCAGCCACUUCCGUGUCUGGCCCAUCCCGCUGGAGUGCGGCGCCGCCUGUGACGUCCGUCUGUCCAGCUUCGUGGUGGCCGGGUGCAGACCCGCGCAGCAAGGCCAGGUCUCUGGUGUGGUCCUGGUCCCCUUCUCCCUGCAUCGCUGGAGCUCCGAGCCCAGCUUGGCUCACUGCAGCCUGGCUAGGAGCCCCAGCCUGCCCCCUCCACUGUCCUCCAACGCAACUACAACGGCCGCCCCCGCCGCUCCUAAUAAUAAUAAUACCCCGGGGGGCGGGUCCCAGGCCAGCCAGCCCCCGGGGCCGCCACGCCCGGCCCACCUGGGAGCGGCCCCCACGCUGCCGGCCCCCGGGCCCCUGAGGAGGAGCGGGUCCAUGGGACGAAGGCCCCUCCUGCGUCACCCGCACCCCCCCCUCUUCCCCCAGCGGGACUCAGACUAUGAACUGGAGCCUGAGAGAGGACGCAAGCGUGCCAUAGACAACCAGUACAUGUUCGUCUGACCUAAUGACCCCCCGCGCUGCGCCGGGCUUCACCCACACCCGACAGAGCAUCACACACGACACCUCACAACCACCAACACCACACUUCUUCCUGCCAGCCUUCUGGGUGCAUGCCUGUAUGUACGUUUUUGAGUGUGCCUGUCUGCGUGUGUCUGUACGCUGUGUUUGAAUGUAUUUUUUUGUUUUUGUUUUUUUUGUUUGUGUGUGUGCGCGUGUGUGUGUUUGUGCGUGUGUGUCUGUCUGUUUGUGUGUGUGAGAGAGCGAGAGAGAAAGAGAGAUACUAGUUAAUAUGAAAUUAUCGUUGUUCACAGCAACACCCGUGAACUAGAGCUUAAAUCAAAACAAAAAAAACCUAAUCAAUAAGCAGCUUUGUGUCCAACAUGACCAGUGUUGCCACAGUUACCUUGAAAAAGUAAUCCAAUUAUUGAUUACUAGUUACUCCUUAAAAUAGUAACUUAGUUACUUAACUGAUCACUUUACCCCCCCUGUCAACAAUUGCUUCCCCCCCGUCAACAGCUGGUCUUCCAACCCGGUCAACAACUGGUCUUCCACCCCCCCCCCCCCCCCCCCCCGUCAACAAUUCUGCGCAGGGGGCUGGUAGGGGGGCAUCAGUACGUCUUGUAUACAGCGCCAAUCUGUGAUCUGGUAAAAAAAUAGUAACGCACAGAGACUUUAAUCUGAUUACUGGUUUGGAAAUAGUAACGCGUUAGAUUACUCGUACUGAUAAAAGUGGUCCGAGGCCAGUAACGCGUUACUGGCAUCACUGAACAUGACACACACACAAAUACACUUGGUGCUGGGUGUUAGUGUGUUUCGGCAGAGAGUUGGGUGCCAACAAGCUCUACCAGAUGGGUCCACAAUGAAUGUACCUUUUUUAAAAUUGUAUUAUAGCAGGGAAUAUAUUCCUGUUUUUCAAGGAUACUGAGGUAAUCCAAAUCUUAUGUUGAGAAGUUGAUCAAACACUGGCUCAGCCAAUCAUCCUCUGAUGUCCCUCUCUUCUGUCUUAAGUCCUCUACAUAGUGGAUAGUAUUGUACGUCCCCUUCAGGUGUGUGUGUGUGUGUGUGGGUGUGUGUGCAUGUGUGUGUGGGUGACUUUGCGCCUUGCAAUCUUGUGCUCAUUUUAGCCUUGCCAAACACCAUGCCUGCGAAACCAGUCACCAAUGUCUGGAGGUAGUUCCCCUAGCUCUACGUAAGCGAUACAAAUUGAAAAUCUCUUGAGGUAAUCGUGAUGGUCACAUCACACUGCCAAUUCUCACACCCACAUCACCCAUGUGUUUGUUUGUGUUUAGCUCAGACAGCAUAUGAAACACUCCCCUUCAUUAAACAAAUACGCAAUUACGCUAUGAACUAUGGUGGAGGCGGCCGGGGAGAUAAAGCCAAGGAAGUCUCACAUUGCCUUUUUUCAAAACGCUCAAAUAUAUCAGGGAUAAUCCUCCACGCCAACAAGACGGAGUGGCACUUAAGGUGCUCGACGCAACUCUCUGGGCUUUGUACAGCGCCGCUGUGUGCUGCCAUUUUUGUAUGACCAGGCAAUCAGUCACAGUAUUGAUCAGUCACAACUUGGGUCAAGGGUGUGAAACAAACACACAGCGCCCUCAUCUGUACCGUCUCUCCUGUUGUAUUCUGUUUUCUCAGUUAGCAUCAUUUGUCAUUGAAUGAAUGCACAUGAUUCCUUAACAGUGGGUGUAUAGAGGGUUCCUAUAAACAACAUGGACCCUCACUCCACUCCAGGGACUGUUGGGAGUGUUUGACCUGUGUUUGACCUCUUCACACCUCUAAAAUGUGUCUGAAAAGCAUCUACAAUGUUUGAUUCCAAAUUCCAAUGAGGUGUGUUUUAUUUUCCCUUUGGCUUCCAACGGCUCCUAUUCCACCUUCACCUUAGUUUUUAUUGUCUAUUUAUUGUAGGGAGCAAUGGGUCACACAUUAUGCACCUACCAGUUAUGUUAUAAAACUGAAGUAAGUAAACAGCAUUUAAGGGGGUACUGUCUGUAAAUGUGACUCACAGACUAGAUAUAUGCCUUAUAUAAAUGUGCCACAUAGAACAAUAAUAAAUAAAAUGAAUGCAGGUCCAUUUGGGCGAAAACUCUGGACAUAAAAAAAGUGAACGGGAAGUUUUUUGCAAAACCAUAACAAGCGCUUUUCCUUCCCAUGUCUCUUAGUAUCCAUCACCCUCACCCCCCUCGAUCCACAACGCUUAACACUAACCUAGCUCGAUUAGUAGAAUAUGCUUGAUUCAUGAUGAAGCCUGCUCACUCACUGUCUCUCUUCCCCGCCGUGCAGUUCUUAGGUCAGGUAACUCAAGGUCUGUGUUCUCCGACUGGCUGCCCGUUCUUUCUAUCACACAUCGAUGUUUACUUAAUGAAUCGUACAAUGGUUGUAUUGUCUUAAGUGUUUUUGCUCGUCAUCACAAUUGUGAGUGAAAUCGUUCAGGUGUUUGUAAUAUUGGGAGGGGUCGGAAUCAGAACAAAGAUGAGUUUGGACAAAGUACGGUUGUCUUCCCUUUUGCUGCGCUUCAUUCUGAACGCCCGAUGGAUCCUCGUUUGUCUAUUGGGUAUUUGCAUAUAUGUUCAAAAGGAAAGCAACGGUAGUGACACCAACAGCCUUGUGUAUUCCAAUGCCUUUUUUUUUUCUAUUUUUUUUUUAACAAGUACAUUUUCCUAAACCAUGACAGACUUCCAAUCAAGCUAUAUAGAGAGCUGAUCAUUUGUAGCAUUAUUGUAUAUAUUGGAGGACAUGACCUAACCAUGUGAGUGUGGUUAGUUUUAAACUUGAGAACAUUCCCACAUACUAGGGUGUUGACGUUCAGGCUUUCAGACAUUUUGCCCUCUCCAAGCUCCUAACGGCAACCUUUGGUCUGGUGUGCGACCGUGUGCGUUUGAAAUGGUCCAGUUGAUGAAUGUGUGUUCUCAAUACUGUUCAUUCUGUGUUUGUUAUUCAGCACUGUAAACAUUCCACGUCAUUCUUCCCUCCUAAACAAUGACAUGUCAAAGCUUUGUAGUGGUUUCAAUAGCUUGUGUUCACGUCCCCUUUGACUUCUAAAUUAUAUAAAUAUAUAUAUAUUAUAUAUACAUAAACUGUAUAUUUGACGUUUUGUAAAAUAAAGCUAACCAAAAAUCA